AUGUCGAGUCAUUCAGUACGAUUAUAUGACGAAUCACAAUGUGGCGAUUUAUCGUCAAUUACAAGAGCACAAAAUUCACGAAAACAAUAUAAUAAUUUUAGUACUCAUCGACAAAAAAGUGCUAAACGAGCAAACAAUCGAGGUGAAUGUAAUACAAAUGUAGGUAUUAUUCUUGCUGAUGCCGGUUCAAUAGCAACAAUAACGGAUAAUGAUAUUGAAAGAUGUUCCAGUAUCAUCGCUGUAAGUAGUAUGAGUGAAGCAAGUACGAUGUCAACGAUUGAUGAACUCAUAUCAGAACACAAUACAAAACCACAUCAACAAAAAACUCUAUCAUUAACUGAUAAAGGCGUAAGACGUAUUCAAACAACAAUUAUACGCAACAAUGACGAUAGUUAUCAUUCCAAUUUAACAAAAGUCACAAUGGCUAAAAAUGAUCAUUUAAAGAAAACGUCCUUUACAUCAAAUAUAAAACGAAUGAAACUAAUUGACCAUGUUAAAAUUAAAAAACAAACCAUAUUACCGAAUGUUCUUACACGUUAUUCAUGUUAUUUAAAAUCGUCUAGUCUUCAAAAUGUCGAAAAUACAAAAAAAAAGCGAUCAGAUCGUUCAUCUAUUAAAACAAUAUUACCAAAAAAUAAUAAUUAUCAGUACGAUUGUCAUAUUCAAAAGAAAUUAGAAUCGAAGACGAACAACAACGACAACAACGUUAUCACAAUCGACAGACGUGUUGUACACGCUCUUGUCGAAGAAUUUCAAGAUCGUUUUUCAGAAAGUUUAAAUAUUUCUAUUAAACAAAUGACAAGACAUUUAUUGGACAAUGUGGCAUCAUUUUACGAACGUUAUCAAAAUGAAUUUAAACAAUUAGCAAAAACGCAUCGUGUCAAGUUUCUUGAACGAUUUGUACAUUUAGCUGGUAAAAUAAAACAACGACAACAGAAAACACCGGUUGGAAUAAAUUAUAAUUUAAGACAUAUCCAUUGUAAAACGAGACAACAACCAUCAUCACUAUCUACAAAGUCAGCAGUCUUAACAGAAUCAUUCUUAAAAAACAAUCGGAUAAAAGUUAGCCAGAACACAAAUAAUUUUCAACAACAGCUUGUUAAAGUUAAUCAUAAUAUAUUACCAAAACCGGAAAAUAUCGUAAGCUUUAAAUUGUACAGUCAGUUGGCUUCAGAAAACUCCUUGACUACAUUGCCAGAACGCGAUCAACAAAAAACAGCCAGUCGCAGUGAUCUAUCGAUAUCUAGCGAAAAUCUAAGAGUAAAUGAGCCAGAUAAGAAAACCAAUCAGCAGUCAAUGAUACCCCUCAAAGGAAGUAGAACAAAAGAUUCUAAAGAGUCUUUAAAUACAACAAUCAAUUUUGAAAAAUCGACAGUUCAAAACGAUGAGUCAUUAAAACAAAACUCUUUUACAACGCAAAUGAAUAAUUUGAAAAUUUUUGAUUCUUUGGUUAACAAUCAAACAAUGAAAAAUAACGUUAAACACUCAUUUAGUCAUGGAAAAAUAGCAAUCAACAGUAAUGAAGAAGAAGAAAAUCCGGAAUUUCAGUUAAUUGAUGCAUUUCGAUUUCGCAAUACUCUUGAUCUAGAAGACAAGUUUUCCAAUCAUCAGCGUUUUCCUUAUUAUAAAUAA